AUGAUCUCCAGACAACAGGGCGUCCGCGGAGGGUCCAGGGGCUUCAGCUGUGGCUCAGCCGUCGUCGGAGGGGGCAGGAAGUCUGCCUUUAGCUCCAUGUCCGUGUCUGGGGGUGCAGGCCGCUGCUCCUCGGGGGGCUUUGGCAGCAGGAGCCUCUAUAGCCUUGGGGGUAACAAGAGCAUCUCCAUGAGCAUGGCUGGGGGCCGGCAGGGCGCCGGCUUUGGGGCUGCCGGAGGUUUCGGGGCCGGUGGUUUUGGCACUGGUUUUGGUGCCGGUGGCUUUGGCGGUGGAUUUGGGGGUGGCUUCAACGGACGGGGUGGCGCUGGCUUCCCUGCCUGCCCCCCUGGGGGGAUCCAGGAAGUCACCAUCAACCAGAGCCUGCUGACGCCGCUCCACGUGGAGAUCGACCCCGAGAUCCAGAAGGUGCGCACCGAGGAGCGCGAGCAGAUCAAGACCCUCAACAACAAGUUCGCCUCCUUCAUCGACAAGGUGCGGUUCUUAGAGCAACAGAAUAAGGUCCUGGAAACAAAGUGGAAGCUCCUGCAGCAGCAGACGACCACCACCUCCGGUAAAAACCUGGAGCCCUUCUUCGAGGCUUACAUCAAUGCUCUGCGGAAGCAGCUAGAUUCCUUUGUCAAUGACAAAGGCCGCCUGCAGUCUGAGUUGAAGGCCAUGCAGGACAGCGUGGAGGACUUCAAGACCAAGUAUGAGGAGGAGAUCAACAAGCGCACAGCUGCCGAGAAUGACUUCGUGGUCCUCAAGAAGGAUGUGGACGCUGCCUACAUGAUCAAGGUGGAGCUGGAGGCUAAGGUUGACGCGCUCACGGACGAGAUCAACUUCCUGAGGGCCCUCUAUGCCGCGGAGCUGGCCCAGAUGCAGACACAUGUCAGCGACACAUCUGUGGUCCUGUCCAUGGACAACAACCGCUGCCUAGACCUGGACAGCAUCAUCGCCGAGGUGCGCGCCCAGUAUGAGGAGAUUGCCCAGAGGAGCAAGGCCGAGGCUGAGGCGCUGUACCAGACCAAGGUCCAGCAGCUCCAGACUUCAGUCGACCAGCAUGGUGACAGCCUGAAGAACACCAAGAGUGAGAUUUCUGAGCUCAACAGAAUGAUCCAGAGGCUGCGGGCUGAGAUCGAGAAUGUCAAGAAGCAGUGCCAGACUCUGCAGGCGUCUGUGGCCGACGCUGAGCAGCGCGGGGAACUGGCCCUCAAAGACGCCUACAGCAAGCGCACGGAGCUGGAGGCGGCCCUGCAGCAGGCCAAGGAGGAGCUGGCCCGGAUGCUGCGCGAGUACCAGGAGCUGAUGAGCGUGAAGCUGGCCCUGGACAUCGAGAUCGCCACCUACCGCAAGCUGCUGGAGGGCGAGGAGUGCCGGAUGUCCGGAGAGUGCCAGAGCUCCGUGAGCAUCUCUGUGGUGGGCGGCAGUGUCAGCACUGGAGGCAUCGGCGGAGGACUAGGAGGCUGCUCUGGCUUUGGAAUGGGUGGCGGCUUCGGCUCUGGCUCCGGAAGUGGUUUUGGGUUUGGCUGUGGUGUCGGUUCAGGCAGCAAGAUCGUCUCUACUACCUGCCUGACCAAGAGAUCCCACCGGUAGAA